AUGGGUCCCGACAAGAAGGCGGCAUUGGCCGAGCUCGAUAAGCGCUUUGCCGCCCAAGAGAAGCGAUUCGAUGGCCUAGAGCGGAAGCUCGAUUCUACCACUGCGUCGUCUUCCACCCGUCUGGAUGCCUUGGAGUCUGCAGCCAAGGUGUUCGACGAAUGGCGCCCAGGGGUCGACGGCGUCAUCGACGACCUUCGCAUCGAGGUCAACAAGCUCGCAACAUUGAAGCUUGAAGUGGGGAAGAUCUCCAAGUACAUGGAACGCUCGAUGGUGGACGGCCCGUCAGUGACUCCCGGGGUGUUCGCGACCGCGCCCGCCACCAAGUCCGCGUCGGCUCCCAUGUCGCCAUGCGCGUCGAUCCACGACGCCAAGCCUGUCAUCACUCCGAACUUCAAGUCCACCGGCUUCGGCGGCUUUCAGGCUGCCCCGUGCCCAUCUGCGGGAUCUGCAUGA